AUGGCAAAGAAUUGCCUUCAAAAGGUCAAAAUAUUAAUACACAAUCCUUCUCUGAUUUUUUCCACAAUCGUUAUCAAUCCAUUGACACCAGAAGAUAGUGGUAACUACACCUGCAUUGUAAGUGCAAGAGGUCUGUAUGGAAGCUUCACGGCAACUCUUGAAGUUCUUGUACCACCUGCUUGGAAAAUGAUUCCUGACGACUAUGAUGCUGUUAAUGGAGAAAAUGUUAUUUUUCACUGUCAAGGAUCAGGAAAACCCGAACCAACUACGAAAUGGCAGAGAGCAACUGGUUCUACGGUAGAAUAUGUGCCUUUGGUUGGACAAAGUCGAACGUUUGUGUCUUCAAAUGGAACUAUGAUUAUAACAGAAAUAACUAAAGAAGAUGAAGGGAUGUACAAAUGCAUCGUUACGAAUAAUAUUGGAAACUCACUGAUGAAAAACGUGAUAUUAAAAGUUACAGAAAUAAAUUCACAAAAAAUUCAACCAUUUUCUUUUCCCAACAAUACGAUGAUUGGAAAUCGAGUUAUCACAACGUGUGCCACAUCAACAAAUGAAAAAAUGGAGUUUAAGUGGAUGAAAAAUGGAAGAGAAAUAAAAAACAUUCAUAAAACUAAUAUAAGGUCAUUUCCAGAGUUUUCAACCUUGAUUAUAGAUUCUCUAUCCGAAGAAGACGCGGGAAAUUAUACAUGCGUUGCCAGCACAGAAAGAUUCCAAGAAAGUUUUACUACAUACCUCGAUGUUUUAGUUCCUGCCUCAUGGGUACAUCAACCUACAGAUUUAGAUGUCAUUAGUGGCGAAAAAAUAGUUUCAAAUUGUGAAGGAAAUGGAAAGCCUCACCCGAUCGUUGCCUGGUACAGAACAUCAAGCAACAGCUUUGAUUUCAACCAGAUAAUACACAGCAAAGAAGAAACUGUUUUACAAAAUGGAAGUCUAAGUAUAAAUGCCGUUAGUAAAGACGAUGAAGGCAUGUACAAGUGCAAUAUUUCGAACGGUGUUGGAAAGUCAUUAGAAAAAACUAUACUCAUACGUGUCAUAGGAGUUACGGCUUUAAUCCAGCCUUUCUCCUUUCCAAAAACAUCUGUCGUUGGUAAACGAGUGACUACAGUUUGUGCAACAACCACUGGGGGCAAAAUGGAAUUCCUCUGGAUGAAAGAUGGGAAGGAACUUUUGAAAAAUUCAAAAGUUAUCGUUAAAACUUUCUCAGAAUUUUCAAACCUUAUAAUUGAUCCUUUGAGUGAAGAAGAUAGCGGGAAUUAUACUUGCGUAGCAAGCUCGAGAGGUAUAUCAGAGAGCUUCACAGCAGUUCUUGAAGUUUUAGUUCCACCCGCAUGGAAAAUUUCCCCUUCUGAUGUGGAAGCUGUUGCUGGAGAUUCAAUUAUAUUAAACUGUCAAGGAAAUGGGAAACCAAAUCCAACAGUCGUCUGGUCCCAUACUGGAGGCUCCUCUUCUGGAUUUAAUCAGAUUUCCGCUUCUAAUCGACACGAAUUGAAACAAAAUGGAAGCAUUAUUCUAAAAGAUGUUGAAAAAUCUCACGAGGGUUUAUACAAAUGCAAUAUUUCAAAUGGAAUUGGAGAUUCUUUGAUUAAAACUGUCAUUGUGAAAGUUAUUGAUGGAAACUUAAAAGUCCAACCUUUCUCAUUUCCUCCAUCUGCAAUGAUUGGUCAUAGAGUAAGUACCAUGUGUGCAACCAUAACAGCGGGGAACAAAAUGGAAUUCCAGUGGUUCAAAAAUGGAGCUGAAAUUUCUAAAUCAAACCGAAUACAAGUAAUAACUUUCCCAGAAAUAGCUAACAUCAUAAUUGAUCCUUUAAAUGAAGAAGACAGUGGAAAUUAUACGUGUACGGUAACAACUCGAGGAAUAUCAGACAGCUAUACAGCAGCGCUUAAUGUCUUAAUUCCUCCAACUUGGAAGUAUAAACCAAAUGAUGUUGAAGCCCGCAAUGAAGAAAAGAUCUUCAUGAACUGUGCUGGUUUUGGAAAGCCAAUACCUACAGUAAAAUGGACUAAACUUCCCGGACAAGAAUUGGAUUUGGACACACUCAAAAAUGCAAAAAACAUCAUAGUACAUUUUAAUGGAACACUGGAAAUAAAUAACAUAAGCAAAGAAUCAGAAGGGAUGUACCAAUGCAUUGUAUCAAAUGGUGUAGGAACUAAUUUAAAAAAAGACAUUAAUGUUAAAGUAACUGAUUCUUGGAAGAUACAACCUUUUACAUUUAGUAGCGCUAGAGUUGGUCAGCGUGUAUCCACGGUUUGUACAACAUCAGGAGGAAAAAGAUUGACCUUCGAAUGGCUUAAAGAUGGCAAAAGCGUCAAAGAAAUCUCUAACAUAAAAAUAAUAUCCGUCUCUGAUGUUUCCACAAUCAUCAUUGAACCAGUGUCUGAAGGAGAUUCUGGAAAUUACACUUGUGUAGCCAAUUCUGAAGGAAUGACAGACAUGUAUGUUGCUUCAUUGAACGUCUACGUUCCUCCAGAAUGGCUAAACAGCCCAAGUGAUAAGGAAGUACUUGCAGGAGAAACUGUCACGCUUUCAUGCUCUGCAACAGGAAAGCCAAAACCAAGUUCCACGUGGGCUAAAUUCAAUGAUAUUGACGGUAAAUUUCACAUUUUACCUGCCGAUGCUUCUAGCACAGAUCGCAUACAACAUCUUUCAAACGGAUCUCUAAAUAUUAAUGGAAUUUCUAAAUCAGAUGAAGGAAUUUAUCAAUGCCGAAUUUCAAAUGAAGUUGGAACACCAUUAGAAAAAGCUGCAAGUUUGCACGUGAUUGAAACGUGGAAAAUUCAACCUUUUAGUUUUCCGCCUUCGCUUACCGUAGGAACACGGGCAAGUACACUAUGUUCUACCACUACGGGAAAAGGCCUAAAGUUCGAGUGGUUAAAAAAUGGACAACGACUAAAUACCUCACCAAAUGUGCAGAUAAGAUCCUAUACGGACUCCUCAAUGAUUCUAAUUGAGCCACUAGAAGAAGAAGAUUCAGGAAAUUAUACUUGCAUGGUUAAAUCUGAUUUUAUGAGUGAUAGUUUUACUACGUCUUUGACAGUUUUAAUGCCUCCCAUUUGGAUCCAAAAACCCACAGAUAAAGAUAUUUUAAAUGGGGAUAAAGUUUCAAUUCCAUGCCAUGCCUCUGGGAAACCUGACGCUGUUGUUAAGUGGACAUUUUCAAAAAAUGAAGAUACUAUUUUCGCCAAUAUAAUUCUGGGAGAAAACAUUAAACUUGCACAAAAUGGAUCCUUACUGAUAGAAGAAGCUUCUAAGCUGGACGAAGGGAUUUAUAGGUGCAAUGCAAGCAACGGAGUCGGAAACUCGUUGAUCGCUACAAUGGCAUUAAAAGUUAUUGUUGCUCCAAAAAUUCAACCUUUCUCUUUUCCAAAAAUGGUCAUUUCUGGUACAAAAACAAGCGUCACUUGUACAGCAAUAUCAGGAUCACCACCCAUGGAAUUUAAGUGGCAUAAGAAUGGGCACUCACUAAAAAUGAAUCAAAAAACAAGUGUCAGGAUGUACAAUGAUUAUUCGAUAAUUUUUCUGGAAGAUGUUGACCAUAGUUCAAGUGGAAAUUACACGUGUGAACUGUUGAGUUCUUCAGGCUCAGACACUUAUACUACGUACCUGGACGUGAAAGAGCCUCCAAAAUGGGUAAAGCAACCACAAGAUGUAGCACUGAAUAGUGGUGCUAAUGUUACUUUGGAAUGCACGGCCUCGGGGCAUCCUCUGCCAAAUGUGACUUGGAAAAAAGCGACUGAAGGUAUCCGCGAAAAUUUUGAGAUAGCUCAAUCUCAAAAACAAGCUCCAGGUAAAAGUUAUCUUGAUCUAAAAGAAGCAUCAUCAUCAGAUGGAGGCUUUUACAUUUGCACUGCUGACAAUGGUAUCGAUAGUAUCAAAACAAAUGGCAUCUUAAUCACUGUUAGUGAACUACCAAGGAUUCAGAAAAUGAACUUCCCAGAUCAAGUUACCACAGGAGAAAGAACCAGUAUUGCUUGUACAGCGAUUUCAGGAACCCCGCCAAUGGAAUUCAAAUGGUUUAAAAAUGGUCACCAAAUACAACAAAAUCAGCAAUUUACAAUCAAAACUUCAUCAGAUUUCUCUAUGCUUUUCAUAGAAAAUGUAUCCCUUUCUACUAGCGGAAAUUACACUUGUGAGCUUAAAACUUCAACUGGUAUUGAUCGUUUUACAACUGUGCUUGAAGUAAAAGAACCGCCCAAAUGGCUGAAAGAACCAAAAGAUUUGCAGUUGAUAGCUGGAGUGAAUGUAUCUUUAGAAUGUGAGGCCUCUGGUUUUCCAAUUCCUGCUGUAACAUGGAAGAAAAGCUCUGAAGAUGGAAAACAUGCCUACGAAGAAGUUGUACACCAAAAGAAAAUAGAAGGAAAAAGCAUGUUAAUAAUAAAAGAAGCUAGCGAAAAAAAUGCUGGAUAUUACGUUUGUAUGGCGGAAAAUGGCAUUGCAAAUAUUCAAACGAAUGUUAUAAUUAUAGCAAUAAGUGCAACGCCAAAGAUACAGCCAUUCAAUUUAGCGACUCAAUUUACAACAGGGGAAAAAGUAACCUUGCUGUGUGCCAUAAAGUCAGGAACGCCUCCAUUUUCUUUCCAGUGGCUGAAAAAUGGGCAGCAACUUAAGGAAGAUCAAUUAUCUACCGUUCAUCAGUUGACAGAUUUAUCAAAUCUUGUUAUAUCUGCUUUGACGCUAGAAUCGAGAGGGAAUUAUACAUGCAAAGUGUCCAAUGCCUAUGGAUUUGAUGCCCAUACUGAAUUUCUCAACGUCGUAGUAUCUCCCAAGUGGAAAGCAGUUCCGAAGGACCAAGAAAGUAUCGCUGGAAAAAGUAUCACGCUGGAAUGUACGGCUGAUGGCUAUCCAGAACCUGUUAUAACAUGGAGAAUUCAAUCGCAAGAAACUUCAAAUGAGCCCAGAAAAAUUCUGAACACUCCUAAACUUGAAAUCCAAGGAAAUACCCUGAAUAUUAACGGAAUAGAAGAAGAUGAUGAAGGCAACUAUGCAUGUGAAGCCUCCAAUGGGGUUGGAGACGGAAUAAUGCACACCAUUUCCGUUUCUGUACUUGGUAAAGAGAAGGGAAUUCCUUACAACGUGCAGUGA